CGUGCAGGAACUGUAUAGAAAUGUACAGGGCACACAAGCACUUCAAUUAUUUCCAGUCGCGGGAUUAACGGACCGAACGCGUGCACUUACCAGCAACACCAAUGAUACACCGAACAGUCCCAGCAGAAGAUAGUACAGCAUGCCCAGGCCCGGACCAACUUUGAGGAUGUAACAGAUCUGGCAGAAGUUCACCGUGAUGAGCGUCAUAUCAAACAUGCUCUGCACGAACGUAUUUCCCUGCGGACUUUUCUGUUUACUCUCCUCAUGCUUCACGGCCGGUUUUGACUGGAUCGAAUUGGAUAAAAGUGUAGAAUCGAAACAAGAGCGCCCUCGGCCCGAUUGUUGAAGAAAAGUGGUCCGUGAAGAAUCCCCGUUCCUGUGAAUUCCUCAUUUUGUGCGCUAAAAUGACCGGAGAUUGAUCCUAAUCGUGUCGUUGGCGGCCCGUAUUGCUCUCUAUCUGAUAAGAAUCUGCCGAUACGAGCUCCGUCCCCGCCGAAGGGUCUCGCAAUGAACUGCAAACCGCUCGUGACGUAUUCCGGCGAUGCGCGUAUCUUCAAGACGCUGGAACCGCAUAUUGUGGCGGCUCUGCCAUCGGAUUCGGCCGAAUGGAAGCGUUCGUACGGGCGACCGGUGAAGAAUGUGCGCGUGGAAGUCACCUUUAAACCGUUCGAGCAAGGUGCUCUCGACAGAUACAAGGAGGGCAAGUGGAACAUCGUGGACCACCCGGUCCUGCACAUCUACGUGACCGAGUGCAACGAUCUCGAGGCAUACCGGGGCUCGGUGAAGGAGGAGAUCGACCAGUGGCUCAAGCUGCUCAACGGGUACGGUGUGACCGAUUGGAUGAUACUGCUGGUUGAGACGCUGGACGUGAAGAAAUCGAAAAACAUUCUACCCCGCACGACGGUACUGGACAAGAUACGGCUCGAGUUUGGGGCCAAAAAUGGAGACCGUUGCCUGUCCAUUCUCAACCCGGCUCGGUUCGAAAUGAAGGCAACGGAAUCGUUCCGCUGUCUGCUGCAGCGCAUCCGCCAUCUGAUGCUGACGGGAUACAACAAAAGUAUCGUCAAGUACGAAGAACUUAUUCGUACGAAUCGCGAGAAUCGCAUCCAGGAGAACUGGAGCUUCAUCGAUUACUUUCUGCUGCAGGAACAGCUAGCAUUCGUGCUGGAGAUGCUGGGCCAACACUCGGAAGCGCUCGUACAGUACGACGAGCUGGAUGCCAUGUUCUCCCAGUUCAUUCUCAACUCGGUGUUCGGCGAGAAGCAAAAGUGGCUCCUCAUCUUCGACCAGCCCCUCUACGCGUUCCACGGAAUAUCGCUAAAUCCGGCCAAAAUGAUGGAAACUCGCGCCAAGAUCGUUUCGCGCAAUGUUACGCUUCUCGAGUUCCGGAGUUACCUCUUCGAGCGUCAAUGCCUGCUGCUCGAUGCCGCCGGUAAACCAUGGGAAAUCGCCGAACGUUUGCUUCCGUUCCUUUUCUCUACACUGCGCGAGAUCGAAGCCCUGAAACUGGAAACACCGGAAGGCGCACUGGCCUGCUGGGAGUUUGUGUGUGCCCUCGAGGUGCUCCAUCUGUGCGAUAAGGUGCAGGAAUCGAAAGAUAUCUACAAGUGUUCCCAGUUUUCUGCUCCCAUUUGGAAUCUGGCGAAAGAUAAGCUGUACGGUUUGGGAAAACAGUGCGGGCUGCUGCCUGGGUUUGUGCCCACUUCGGAGCAGCUGCAUACCGUGCUACACCUUUCGGCCGGCAUGGGUGACAGCUUGCCCGAGACUGGUCAAGCGGCUGCCCGUCUCGAGCUUCAACCCGAACUACACGUAGAACCGCGCCCCGGCAAACCGCAUUCACCAGCACGGAAACCGAAGAAAUCGGCAACCGAUACACUGAAGGAGGCCCUCGGAUCCAAUCAAGCCUUCACCAAGCUGUAUCUCGAGCUGAGCGAGCUGGCGAUCAGCACCUACAAGCACGUGUCACGCCUCCGAUCGGCUCGACUGGUCGGACUUGAUCUGGGCAACUUCUACAUAACGCUCAACGAACCCCAGAAAGCGGUUAACUUCUUUACGGACCUGCUCCGUGAACUGAAGCAGGAAAACUGGCACUACCUUGCCAGCCAGACGCUGCUCGAGCUAGCCUCCUGCUACCGGAAGAUGGAGGACAACGUUAACUACACGAAAACGUGCUGCGCGAUCGCCUGUUGUCACGAUCUCGAGUUACUCGUACGUACAUUCUAUUUCGAUGAGUUCGUCAAAUCCCUUCGCACGCUUCAGGCGACCCGGAACGUGGACAUCGAUGCACUAAGUGUGAUCUGCACGCUCGAAGAUCACUUGCGCAUUGAACGGAUUCACCUCGAGAGCGCAUCGAUCGUACAGGAUGAGUUUAUCGUCGUGCAGCUUGAGUUCGAAAGUAACUUUCCACGAGAACUGUUGGCAGAACAGGUGCUACUAUCGUUCGAGAUGAAUGCCAAGCAGCAGCAGAGCAAUGCGGCUGAGCUGCCGUCCGCUGGCGUGAAACCAUCGGCCGAAAUUGGUGCCCAGCUACCGAUAACCCUGCAUCUCGAUUACAAGCAGGAUAACACACUAAGUGGAUCAUCCGUUGCGUGCGAUACACGCACCAAGCAACCGGUUCGCCGGAGCAGCAGCACACGACGUAAGAUUUCUCCGACACAGCGAUCAGAUUUUACCAAUUGUGUGUCAUGCGAGCGGAUCGUACUCCAGCCCGGCCGUAACUCACUCACGCUCAAGACGAAGGCAACCCGCGUCGGCACGUGGAGCUUCCGUCAGCUAGCGGUUCAGAUCGACAGCGUUGAGUUCCUGUCCGAGGGCUUACCACCACGGCUGGAACACUUUGAAACGAUUACGAAGGCCUCAAUCGCUUCACUGAACUUUGUGAAUCUCGUCGCUGGCGUUGAGCAACCGGUCGAACUGAUCAUUGCGGCCGGAAGCUUCCGUUUUCCCAAGGAUGCCAGCGCCACGUUACGCUGUUCGAAGAAUCUACGCGUGCGUCUACAGUCGCAGGAGAAGACGGCAUUCGAGCGGGAGCUCAUCGUGCCGCUAAAUGACUUCGCACCGUUUGAACAGCGCUCGAUCGCACUGGAAGCCAUCUGUGAUCUACCGGGUAAACGGGAGGAGCGUGCGAUCGAGCAGAAGGUUUCGCUGCAGGUACCCUGGAGCCGAAAUGAGAUAGCAAUCCCGCUCCACUUUAUGCCCGCCUUGAUCGCUUCUUGUCGUCUACACUCGUCCGGUUCACGCAAGUUCCUUCAGGUAGUGAUGAAGGGAGUCAGCGAUUAUCGCUUGGUAUUGCGCGAAGCACAAAUGACGUGCAGUGCCGCAGGUGUCACGAUCAUCGAUAUCAACCCUCCCGAACCACAGGAAAUGGUCAUGACCAAGGGACUCUCCAUUUCCUAUCUGUACGAGCUACAGGUGGAAGCGCUGAAGGCCGAACGCGAACUGCCGAUCGUGAAUGUGGACUUUCGGUUAAGGUUUGCUGAUGCUACGGUAGCGAUCGAUGCCCGCUCCUACCUACCAUACAGUGCGACGUUCGACGUGAUGGACUACACGACACUCUUUACGAUCUGUGCGAAGGUUGAACCACAGGAGCUGUGCCGUGUCAACUCGGUCUGCCACCUGAAUCUGCGCAUCUCGAAGGUACACGACAAUCCGUUCGCUGAUCUGAUGUACGAGGUGUUGGCCGACCAGAAUAUGUGGGCUGUCGUUGGUCGUACCGCGGGGGUCAUCUCGAUGGAAGAAGUAGAAAGCCACAGUAUCACGCUGGAUGUGUUACCGUUGGCCGCCGGCUUUUUACCGCUUCCCAACAUUCGCCUGUCCAAGUACAUCUCGGCAAGCAAAUCGAAAAGUGAUGCCCAUCCACGCUUGCAACCGUUUCCUCCUGGGCAGAUCUACAACUCAACUAAAAGCAUGCAGAUACACGUGCUAGCGAGCAACACCAAUUCGUCUGACCAGGUGCAGUAGUAGCAACGCAUCAAAUCCGAUCGGUCGUUCUGCUCGAGCUCCGACCACUUAUAGCUUAAUCGUUCAACAUGGCAAUACAACAUGACGCAUUCCAAGUGCGAGACACACAAUGUAACAAAGAUCUGAAGGUUAUUUUAUCUGAGAAAAGAUGAUCGUCACAGACAAAUUCCAGGUUUGGUCUCUAAUUCGGUUUUUAAACUCAUAUUCUACGUAUUUGAAGGUCUUAGUUCAUUAGUAUUAUAUAGUUUAACAAUCAAACUUCAUCCGAAUUCCUCUUAUGGUCUUCAGGUCAAAAUCGUUCCUUAGGCCUUUAUCAGAACAGAUGGAAUUGGCACACACUUUCGCAACCUUCUUUCAUCCGAUAAUAUAUGAUUCACGAGGUUAUUAUAUUCGCUACAUUCGAUAAACGAUGUACCAUCUCCCUGCAGCUUGCCUAUUUCCGUCUAGACGGUUGUGAUUAAGGUCGAACCAUGCAACUCUUAUCUUAUCGUACACGGUGCAUUCAGCAAAAUUUCGGGCAUUUAUUUGCAACGGCUGCAGCUCAAGUACUGCGUGAUUGCCAUCGGCAGUCAACAGUAACGGAACGUUGUCUUUGUUAAGUGCAGUAGCACCGCUUUCAAAAUGAGCAGAAGGACCACCGAUAGUGAACGUGAAGAGAUACCAUUGCAGGCGCUUGGACACGAAGAGAGAUCCAGCAAACAAGAAGGACGAAUAACUAACUGCGAGGAGAUCGAUGCUCCCGAAGCACAUCCCAGCAUUGAUACUCAAACCCUUGCCGGGCUGGUGACGAUU